CUUUCCUUGCCAACCUUGGAAUACUCUCUGCGUGAGAUGCAGCCUCCCACUAUGCAGGUCGUCACUAGCUCUCCCCCAAAGUGGCCACGUGAGCUCGCCUGACUCCAAUGCAAGAAUAUCUGGUAAUAACUACGAACCCACCGAACAACUGUAGUUUCAUCGCCAGGCCGUUAGUUUCCUAUACAGAUAUACAACGGCUAAAAGCAGACAGCCGCCACAGUCGAAUUCAUUUUCCGUAACUGGAAGCUUGCUUGCUUUAGACCUUGAACUCCUACAUUACUUCAUUGCAUCAAAGCAAGAUGGAUGAAGCAACUUUGAAGCAGUAUCUGGCGGAUGAUCCACCAACCGUGGUUCCGCUUUCGAUCAAACCUCACUUCGAGGCACUCUCCCAGCAGGAGAAGAAGUACGCGCACUACAUAAGUCGAGCGUCGUUCUCUGGAACAAGAGUCAAUUUACGCCAAUGUUCGCCAGAGUCCGAAGCCAUCUACGACUUCAUUCUGGCCCUGCACAAGUCAAGCAAUGGUGAUUGGAAGAAGCUCCAGUCAGAGGCCAAGCUUUCAGACGAUGAUCUUCGACACUUCCUCAAUUAUGCAGCUCAGUUCAUUGGCAACCUUGGAAAUUACAAGUCCUUCGGUGAUUCGAAAUUCAUUCCCCGCCUGCCGUCCGCAUCGAUUGAAGCGUUGGCCAAGACCUCUCCCGAGACUGAAAAGCUUUGGAGUGCUGUGAAGGAUCAUCUCUAUCAAUCAUCCCCGAUCAGCAAGAUGCACCUUGGCUAUCCUGACCAAGGUCAUGUCUCCGCCUACUACUUAGACACCCCGGAAAACCCGAUCACUACCGAAGAGAUCACGAUCACAUCAGACUUCAUCAAGGAGACAGGACUGAUGCCUGAAAAUACCAGGCUCCGCAAGACCAAAGAAGGUGACUUUGAGUUAUUGAUCGCUUCUGCAACAACCAAUCCAGAUAUCCGUGAUCUGAAGGAAUCUGAGUGGACACUUGGCGGCAAGCUCCAGGGCAAGAAGCUCCGCUUGUGCUACGGUGAUCACCAUGUGGAGAUGGGCAAGAUCGCCGAGUCUAUGGCUGGAGCCAGGGACCAUGCACUCAAUGAUGUGCAAAAAGCUAUGCAUUCGGAGUAUGUCAAAGCCUUCCAUGACGGAUCCAUGUUCGCCCACCUCGAAUCUCAACGCCGCUGGAUCAAAGACAUUAAUGUCCCCGUCGAGUGUAAUAUUGGUUUCAUUGAAACCUACAGAGACCCACAUGGAAUUCGAGGCGAAUGGGAAGGAUUCGCCGCCAUGAUCAAUAAGGAACGUACGAAGGCGUUCACGAAACUCGUCGAGUCUGCCCCUACGAAUGUGUCGAAAUUGCCAUGGCCGGAAGCCUUCGAAAAGGACAAGUUUCUCUCUCCCGAUUUCACCUCUUUGGAGGUUCUGAGUUUUGGAUCGAGCGGCAUUCCCGCAGGUAUCAAUAUCCCAAAUUACGAUGUUGUUCGUCAGAACGAAGGAUUCAAGAAUGUCAGCCUAGGCAACGUGCUGAGUGCUGCGGCUCCUAAGGAGCCCACACCUUUCAUUCGAAACGAGGACCAGGAAGUGUGGGAUAAGUACAAAGACGACGCAUUCGAAGUGCAGGUUGGCCUUCACGAAUUGCUUGGCCACGGCUGCGGUAAGCUCCUCCAAGAGACGGAACCUGGUUCUUACAACUUCGACGUCAAGAAUCCUCCAAGUAGUCCUCUUGAUGGCAAACCAAUCACGAAGUGGUACAAGCCUGGCGAGACCUGGGGUACUGUCUUCGGAGGCAUGGGUCCUAGCUAUGAAGAGUGCAGAGCAGAAAGCGUGGCCAUGAGCCUCUGCCCCGAUUACAGCAUUCUCCAAAUUUUCGGCUUCGGAGAUGGCCGUGAGGUAGAUAUCAACGGAAAGGCAGGCGACGUUCUCUUCGUCUGCUAUCUGCAAAUGGCCCGGGCCGGGUUGGCGGCUUUGCAGUUUUGGGAUCCAGCGUCACGAAAAUGGGGUCAAGCCCACAUGCAAGCUCGCUUUGCUAUCCUCCAAGUGUUCCUCGAGGCAGGGCCCGAAUUCUGCGAGCUACGGCACACAAAGGAAGAUGUCUCCGACCUCAACAUCCAUCUCGAUCGCAACAAGAUCGAGUCACACGGUCGCCCUGCUAUCAACAAGUUUCUUCAGAAGUUGCAGGUCUACAAGGCGACGGCAGAUCUCGAGGCUGGAAAAGCACUCUAUGAGGGAAUCACGCACGUCAAUGAAUUCUACGCCACCAAGUUGAGACCGGAGGUUUUGAGGCAGGCGAAGCCGAGAAAGGUCUUCGUGCAGGCCAACACAUUCCUGGACGGCGAUGACGUUACGCUGAAGGAGUAUGAUGCUACUCCCGAAGGACUCAUCCAGAGCUUCGCAGAUAGGGACUACGUAUGAGGGAUCAGACGGCGCUGCUAGUGUUUGGAUUGUUCUAAACAUCCUCGAAGUCGCCCUGAAGGAGAUGCAGCUUGUCUAUCAUUCCUACAUAAAAUCAUCCAGGAA